CUGUCGUUGAUGAUCAGAGAAAAAUAGUUAAAAAAAUGAUAAACAAAGAAAAGGACAUUUAUAUGUCUAAAUGUAAUAAGUUGAUAUAUUUUCCAAUCGUGAUAAACCAAAAUUUCGUGUCAAUUUCAUUUUUAAUAAAGUAAAGCAUCUCUAGUCCGUUUUAUUUUCGAUAGAAUUGCAAAGUUUUCCUUUCAGAUACUCUCGAAGAGACGCCUACAUAUCCAGAUGAUUGUUGCAGAAUUUAUCACGACAAACGUGAGUACAUGACCGCAUAUAAUGAAAUAUUUUAGCAUUAACUAAAACGGUAGUAAUUUUCUUCAGCGCACUUAGUUGUUUUGUCGUUGACAGUGAAAGACUAAUUCAAGAAAAUUUCUCCAAUAUUUUAUAUUGAGCGCACUUUCUGACAAAUAGGAAAGUAGGCGAAAAGAUUUAACUUUUUUCUUCUACGUCUUGAACCAAAUGAAAUUUUACUCGACAAGAAUCUGCACUAUCUUUAUAUUUAUUCGCCUUGCUGUAACAUCUAAAAAGCCAUAUCUCUAUCGUUGCAACAAUUCGGAAUAUACAAGACAAUUUUAUGUCUGCGAUGGAAUAGAUGACUGCUCAGAUAAAAGCGAUGAAGCUAACUGCCGUAAGAAAUUUUUAAUAUUAAUAAUUUCUAUAAUAACUUGUGUUUUCAAAAUUUUCUUCAUCAUAGCUAAUGAUUGUUCCAAUCAUAAUAAAUACUUUAAAUGUUCUGAAUCGUGCAUUUCCAAUCUUUUAUUCUGCGAUAAAACCCGAGACUGUAAUACAUGGAACGAAGAAAUAUGUUGUAAUGGAAGCGAUUCUACCUGCAAGAAAAAUAUGAAUAAAAAUCCAAUCCGCUUAAUUAACGUAUCGUCUAAAAGAGAUCAGGAAUGCAAGAAUAAGUACAGAUGCACUAGAGGCCCCAAAUGUAUAAGCUUGCGCGAAGUCUGCGACGGAGUGAAUGACUGCGAAAAAUUUCAUGACGAUGAAAAAAAUUGUAAAUUAUCUUGUCCAAAAGGUUGCCGAUGCGAUAUGGGCUUUCAUGAUUGUUCAAAUAUAGGCAUUGAGAGAAUUCCAUUGUAUAAAAAUGAUUACGAAGAACCAAGGACAUUAGAUAUAUCUAGAAAUAUCCUCAUAACCGUAAAAACAAAAUGGUUCUUGGUAAAUGAGAAUCCUGUUGUAACUAAUAACCACCUUUGGCAUAUUAUGAAUUUAAAUUUCUCAAGAAAUAGUAUUUACCAGAUAGAGAGAAAGGUAUUUGAUAUUCUUCGCGUAUUGAGAUAUUUGGAUUUAUCUCAUAACCCACUUAGUAAGCUACUUGGAAGUGAUCUUAGUAAACUUCAAAAUCUUCAGUAUCUAGAUCUUUCAUUUACCAACAUAAAGACUCUUAAUCUGCACUUUUUGACAUUACUACCAACUUUGAACACUCUUAAAUUCUCAGGGACAAAAGUAACAACUGUUGAUUUGAGAGUGUUGAAAGGAAAGCACAAUGUAAGGAAUAUAUACUUUCCUCAUUAUGCUUUCUGUUGUAAAUUAAAACAGUUGAAUGGAGUAAUCAAUCCGAUAAAUUGCUCUCCAGAUGAAACUAAGCUAUCGUCGUGCAAUAAUCUUUUAAAACUACCUCAUUUUAAACGGUUGCUACUGGCGCUUGCAAUUAUACUAUUCAUAGUCUCUUUUGGUCAUUGGAAUUAUGUAUAUAGAUGGGAAAAAGAUGAAACUCAGAGAUUGCUGAUGCUAAACUUUUCAUCAUCUCUGUUUUUCAUCGCAAUCUCUAGUGUACUUCAAGUGGCUAACAUAAGAUUGAAUAAACCUGUUAUCAAUGAUGAAUUUUCAAUAAUUUCCUCUGCUAUCUGCAAAGCCAGUAACGUCUUUUUCAUACUAGGCUAUGUGUCUGGUCUAUUAAUUAACAUAGUUCUAUCCAUCUAUUCGGUGUCGCUACCUACAGGAUUAUUUCGAACUCAAUUAAACCUGAAGAAAAAAUAUAAAAUAGCUCUCACUUUUAUUUGGCUGAUAUCUCUAGCAUAUUUCAUUUCUAGUUUGACAAAUCAAGGAUGUUUUAAAACGUAUUUUGCCGAAAUUGAUUCACUGUGUUCACCGCUGAAUAUCUUAAUGAAUUCAAGAAAUAAUGCAUACAUAUUCAGUUUAACAUUGAUACCUCUAGAGAGUAUCCUUUUCUCUUUAAUAUCCCUUUCGUUCUCAGUCUUGGCAUUAGGUUGGAGGUUCUACAAUAUUCGAAAAGCAAAACAGUCGUUAAGAGUUAAAGCAAAAAAAUUUAAAGAUUCUGAAGAUGUCUACAACUUAUGGACUGAUGCUGUAUUUGAUGCAAAAUCUGAUGAUGUCGAACUUGUUUCCUCUUUUGUGUCUGUCAGCACAUUAUAUUCAGUUGUUAUGAUAAUAUUCGGAAUUUGUGCUGCUAAAGUGGCUGCUGACGGUCAGGAUUCAGAACUCUACCCCUGGAUAACCCAAAUUCUACUGCCCAUAGCCGCUGGUCUAUCGUCAAUUGUCUAUAUUUCAGUUGAUCAAAUUGAAAUGAGGAUAGCACUAAAGGACGUUUUUACGAAAAGAACCUUUAGCGUAUUCAGACGAGCAGGUGGCGUAAGCGUACGAAUAAGACGACAGUACGUAACUUUACCAGAGUUUGUUAAGAAAAAAUCAGAAUUGACUGUUCGCGAGGCUCUCUUCAUAGCAAGAAAUACUAUUUGGAUAAUAAGGCAUAUGCAUAAGCAAAGUCAAGUAUGUGACAAAAUAGGACCUGAAUAUUUAAUGGUUAUAACUGAUCAUCAGGAAGAAGUCAAAGAUACUGACCUGACGUGUGGAGUAGAAUAUCCAAAAAUGGACGUUCACGAUUGGAGAAAGAAAAGAGAUAUAGGUGGUUAUGGAAAGAUGAUAACUCACUUGAUUGAACAAGGAAACUUUGUAACGGCAAUGAAAACACCAAGGAUUGGAAAAUUUUCUACAGCUGUACAAGCUAAAAGUUUAGUUACGAGAAUAAGCCGUAAGCUUUCUCGAAGGAAGAUAGCCUCUCCAGAAAAAAAACAAAGAAGAAAUCAAAGAACAAGAAGAACAGUAAGACGGAAAUCAAAUGAAGAAAAAGCGACUAUUGAAGUGAAAUUAAAUAAUCAACAAACAUCUAAAGAAUUAGUUGUUAAAGAUAAAACAAAAAGGAAGAGAAAGACAAAUGUAUCAAAUCCAUCAAUACAAAAUGAGAAAAAUAAUAUAGCAAUUAUUAAUUUGGAUGAACAUCAGGAAGAUCAACAGCAACAAAACACAAAAAGUAAAACAAGCUAUGCCGAUGAAGUAUUAGAUAAUAAAUUAAAAACACUUUCUGCAGAUAAAUUAAAACAGGAAUCUUAUCAAACAAACAAACCGCAAGCUACUUUUUUGCCGAGUAAAAUACCAGAUAUUUUAGAAAAUACGAUCGAAAUUAUGUAACUACACUUGUUGUCAAAGUACUUUUAAAAGACGUACAAAGGUUGUUUGUUGUACGAAUUCUUUGAUUAUUAUUU